UCGUCUCUGUUCGUGUGCAGCUCGUCUGUAGUUUCAUGUUGAGUCGUGUUUGAUUCUUUCACUGAAGUUUUCAUGCCACAGCAGAAGCUUUACGGACACACAAAACUAGAAACGGACUGAAGUGAUGGACCCAAACCAAGCAGUUCUACCAUCCCGUGUCCGUUCCACUUUCUCCGGCACGAUCGGCUUUCACAAAACAACUCCUGCUCAGUUUUCUGACGCUCAGGUUCUCUGUUACGAUGAGCUGAACUCCACAGCGUCUCAUCACUGAGAGCAAAAAGAAGUUUGCUGGAGAACCAUGGCGCUAGGUGCUGUGACCUCCAGUGUGUCCACGUUCACUCUCACGAGCGCCUACCAAGACUAUCACUGCAACGAAGUCCUCCAGCGGCACUAUAACCACACCGGCAAACUGGAACAGAACCGGUACAGAGACGGACUGAAACCAGAAUCCAUCGCCUGUCUGUUCAUCUGCCUCCUCAUCGUCGUGGAGAACUCGGUCGUCCUCAUGGCCAUCUGGAAGAACAAGAAGUUCCACAUGCCCAUGUACUACCUGCUGGGUAACCUGACGCUGUCGGACCUGCUGGCCGGAUUCACCUACAUGCUGAACAUCGUGCUGUCGGGUCCGAACACGCUGAAGCUGACGCCUCUGCUGUGGUUUCUGAGGGAGGGCGGCGUCUUCAUCACGCUAUCAGCAUCUGUCAUCAGUCUGCUGGCCAUCGCCAUCGAGCGCUACUUCACCAUGCUCAACACCAAGCCCUACCACCGUGCCAAACGCAACCGCAUGUUCGCUCUGAUCGCCGCCAGCUGGGCCCUGUCGCUGUUGCUAGGCGCUCUGCCUAUUAUGGGCUGGAACUGUCUGCAUGAUCUGGAGUGGUGCUCCACCGUCCUGCCGCUCUACGCCAAGAGCUACAUCUUCUUCUGCGUGUUUGUGUUCCUGACCGUCCUGCUGGCCAUCGUCCUUCUGUAUGCACGCAUCUUUCACUUCGUCAAGUCCAACACGCAGAACCCGAGCUGCGUUCAGCGCAAACCCUACGGCCAUCGCUCGCUGAAGUACAUGGCUCUGCUGAAGACCGUCACCAUCGUGGUGGGAGUGUUUAUCGUGUGCUGGAUGCCGCUGUUCGUGCUCUUGCUGAUGGACUUCGUGUGUCCCGUGAAGACGUGUCCUGUUCUCUUCAAGGCUGAAUACUUCCUGGGAGUGGCCAUGUUUAAUUCCCUCAUUAACCCCAUCAUUUACACGCUGACGAGCAGAGACAUGCGCAGGGCUAUUCUGAAGCUGCUCUGCCGCCGCUGCCUGAUGACCAAAGACGGCCGCGUGAGGAAGAUCGGUGUCCGCAUCAGCUUCACGAAGACAGACGUGAACCCCCAGGGACUGGAGACGACCAUCUCGUCCGGGAACGGCAUCACCUUACCCAUCAAAUCCAUCUACCCCAAACUCAAGCUCUCAGUCAUCACAUAAGCGCAAGCAGAGAUCCUGAGCACAUCUGUGGCCCUGGAGCACAAAAGCAGUCAUAAGUCGCUGGGGGAUAUUUGUAGCAAUA